AUUUGAAUUUCGAAGAAAUACAAGUCCGCCAAUCCGCCUGCCCUCAAUAGGCAUUCUGGCAUCACAUGCAAAUCAUUUUAUUCCAAAUUUCCCGUCUGCCAUCUUCAUUAUCAUUCACACAUUUUCAGGAUGUUCGAAAAUGACAACAUCUACUCCGUCUCUGUGCUUGAUACCGCUCCAGCAACAUCUCCGGAUACCCCCGCAGCGGCAGAAAAACUGCUUUUAGAAUUUCUUCAGCAAUACCGAGUUGGUGGAGAAUUUAUAUACAGAGACAAGCUUAGAGCGAAUCUUCUUUUGAAGCAACACCUACUAGAAGUGGAUCUUCGACACGUUAGUCUUUACAACGACGAACUGGCACACGCGAUCCAAGAUAGACCAGCCGAUGUACUGCCUUUGUUCGAAAACGCCGCCGCGCGACUUGCUCGUUCAAUCCUUUUCCCCAGAUCCGGUGCCUCUGAGAGACUCACAGAGGCCGCCAAAGAAGCGAUUCCCAAAGUCCAAAUCACCCUCAAAUCUAGCCUGAACCUUCUACAAUUCCGCGAUCUAACGGCCGACACUAUGAACAAACUCGUUCGGGUACCGGGCAUUGUCAUAUCUGCAUCCACCUUGUCUUCACGCGCGACAGAACUUCAUCUCGAAUGUCGGAAUUGUCACCACCCCAAAACUAUAUUCCCUCAAGGAGGCUUGGGUGGUAUGGGCAGUGGAUCUGAUAGAGGGCUUCCUCGUAUUUGUGAAGGGCCUUCUCCUCCAAAUGGCGACAAGAAAGAUUGUCCUUUAGACCCGUACCAAAUAAUCCACACUCGAUCGACAUUCGCCGACCAGCAAACACUGAAACUGCAGGAAGCUCCAGAUAUGGUCCCGGUUGGAGAACUUCCCCGACAUAUGUUACUUUCUGCGGACAGACAUCUGACUGGGAAGGUGGUGCCAGGUUCGAGAAUUAUUGCUACAGGAAUCUACUCUACAUUUCAAUCCAAGAAUAAAAUGGACAGCGCAGCAACACACAGAGCUUAUCUACGAGUAGUUCACUUAGAACUUUCUUCACCUGGCAGCGGAGGGUCGGCUGGCUCCAAUCCAUUCGGCGUGCAAUUUAGUUCCGAAGAGGAGGAAGAGUUCGGUGAAAUGGCUCGUAGUUCUGGCUUCUAUGAGCGCUUUGCAAAGAGCGUUGGACCUAGUAUUUAUGGUAGUCUUGAUAUCAAAAAGGCCAUUGCUUGUCUGUUGUUCGGUGGCUCAAAAAAAGUACUACCUGACGGUAUGAGACUGCGAGGCGACAUCAACGUCUUACUGCUAGGUGACCCUGGUACGGCGAAAAGUCAGCUGCUCAAGUUCGUCGAAAAGGUUGCGCCAAUUGCGGUUUACACUUCUGGGAAAGGUUCCAGUGCGGCUGGUUUGACGGCUUCUGUUCAACGAGAUUCGGCGUCGCGUGAAUUUUAUUUGGAAGGCGGCGCCAUGGUCUUAGCUGACACUGGUGUCGUGUGCAUUGACGAGUUUGACAAAAUGCGAGACGAAGACCGAGUAGCCAUUCACGAAGCAAUGGAGCAGCAAACCAUCUCCAUUGCAAAAGCUGGAAUCACUACCGUGUUAAACUCGCGUACUAGUGUUUUAGCUGCCGCCAAUCCUGUGUUCGGGCGAUACGAUGAAGGACGAAGUCCAGGCGAGAAUAUUGAUUUUCAAACAACCAUUUUAUCGCGUUUCGACAUGAUUUUCAUCGUCCGAGACGAGCACGAUGAGACUCGUGAUAAGAUUAUCGCAAGACACGUUAUGAAUAUUCACAUGAAUCGACCCACUGGUGAGUCGAUUGAAGCGGGAGCGGAUGAAAUUCCCCUGGAAAAAAUGAAGCGUUAUAUUGCUUAUUGCAAAAGCAAAUGUGCACCUAGGCUAUCUCCUGAUGCGCAGGAAAUGCUUAGUAGCCACUUUGUGAGUCUUCGAAAACAGGUUCAACAAGUCGAGCAAGACAACGACGAAAGAAGUUCUAUCCCUAUCACCGUGCGUCAACUGGAAGCAAUCAUUCGGAUAUCCGAGUCUCUAGCAAAGAUGACACUCUCACCCGUAGUUCAAAACCAUCACGUCGAAGAGGCCAUCCGACUGUUCAAAUUCUCCACUAUGGAUGCUGUAUCUGCUGGUUCAGCGGAUGGUAUGUCCCGUGGAGAGUUGAACGAGGAGAUGGUUCGGAUUGAAAAGGAGAUGAGAAGACGCUUGCCCGUGGGGUGGAGUACAAGUUAUCAAAGCCUUGUAAAAGAGUUUGUGACACAGCAGGGGUGCUCGAGUCAUGCUCUUGAGAGAACCCUGUUCAUUAUGGAGAAGAGAGAAAUCAUCCGAUUUUCAAAUCAGAAGAAGGUUGUUCAUAGGGUGGGAGUGUGACAUUUUCUGGAAUGCUUUCGAUUUUGUUGGUCCUUCACUUGUGUAGUUGUAACUGUAAAAAAAUGUAGAAUAGCAUAGGAUUAUGCAGUGGAAGCCAAUCGUGGCUUCAUAAGCAAUAGAAGUUUUAUUUACGGGGUGCAACAUCUACUAUUCUUAUCUCCUCAUCAACCAGCCUCUUCAGCUGCACCUUCUGGAAAAGAUGUAGUGGACAGGUUCGUUUCG